UCCAUGUAUACUCGCCAUAUUCACAGAUUACAGAUUCAUUCGAUUAAUGACUAAACUCCAUUGACCCUAACCUCAAAGUAAAGCAGAUUGUUGAGACUUGAGUUGAACACGUGGUGAUUGAAUUUUAUUGAACAAUUUCAAGUUAUUAAAAACAUGGCUAAAUUUUGUCUCAAAAAACAAAGUAAACGAAUAUCGGCUCGUAAAAGAUAUAAAAUCGAAAAAAAAGUACGGGAGCAUAAUAGGAAAGUUCGUAAGGAUGAAAAAAAACACCCUAAAAAAAAGCCGAAAUUAACUCAAAUACCUAAUCAGUGUCCUUUCAAAGAAGAUAUUCUUAAAGAAGUUGAAGCUCUGAACAAGCAAAAUGAGGAACAAAAAAAAAAACGACGGGAAGAAAUGAUUGCUUUAAAACGUGAAAAAUUAACGGGUGGUCUGGAAAGUCUUGUAGUAAAUGCAGCAGAAAAACAGAAUGAACAUGAAUCGUCUUUAAAUCUUAAAACAGAUAAUUUAUUAUUUCCGACUACCAGAGAAGAAAAUUCGUUGAAAACUUACUACAAAGAAUUUAAAAAAGUUUUAGAUUCAGCUGACGUCAUUUUAGAGAUUGUUGAUGCAAGAGAUCCUCUAGGAACUCGAUGUAAACAAGUAGAAGAAGCAGUAAAUUUAUCGAAGGGUAGUCAAAAAUUAGUGUUGGUUCUAAACAAAGCAGAUCUUGUGCCUAGAGAAAAUUUAGAUCAAUGGUUGAAGUAUUUUCGGGCAAGAUUACCUGCUAUUGCCUUCAAAGCAUCGACUCAAGAUCAAUCAAAAAAAUUAUGUCAUAAGAAAUUAGGACUUAAAAAAGAAACUAUGAUACAGAGUGGCUCGUGUUAUGGUGCCGAAUUGUUGCUUAAUUUAUUAGGAAAUUACUGCCGUAGCUUUAAUAAGAUCAAGAAAAGUAUCACUGUGGGUAUUGUUGGUUUACCCAAUGUUGGAAAAUCAAGUGUUAUAAAUUCAUUAAAAAGAAAUAAAGUAUGUAGUGUUGGUAAUACUCCCGGAAUUACCAAAUCUAUGCAGGUAAUACAAUUAGACUCAAAAGUUAAAUUACUCGAUUCACCGGGUAUAGUAUUUACUGAAUCGUAUCAAAAUGAGGAGGAUAAUUGUUCAGUUGCACUUAAAAACGCCAUUAAAAUACAAUCGUUAAAAGAUCCAAUUACACCAGCUACGAUGAUAUUAAAACGGAUACCGAAGCAACAAAUAAUGGAACUUUAUGAUAUAGGUGAUUUUUCUACACCCGAUGAAUUUUUUGCAAUGAAAGCUCAGCGAAUGGGUAUGUUGAAGAAAAAAGGGAUUCCCGAUCCAGUUGCAGCAGCUCGCAGUCUUUUAAAUGAUUGGAAUUCUGGAAAAAUCAGAUACUACACUAUGCCACCUGAAAUUCCAUACGAAUCUGUAGAAAUCGUAAAACAAGCUGGAGAUGAAUUUGAUAUUACACUGUUUGAAAAAGAAGAAAAAAUGAUGCUUGACACACUAGGGCAGAUGUCUGAAGACACCAAACUAGCUAAUAUAGAUGCAGUUCCUAUUAAGAGUACAGUGCCAAUCAGAACUGCUUGUAAUUUAGAAAAAAAAGUCAUCAAAUUGCAAGAGGCGAAUAAACGGAAGGAAACGAAUCGAGGAAAUAUAAAAAGUACUGCAAAUGUACAAAAAAAUAAGAGUGAUCAAGAUUCAGAAAGUGUAGGAAAUCAAAAAUUAAAUAAACUCAAAAAAAUCCAAUUUAAAAGACAAAAGAAAGAACGAAUAAAACAAGAAAAAAAAACAACUCAAUUAGCCGAUCAAUUGGAGAAUUUCACCAUGGGAAAUGAUGCAGAUGAUUAUAAUUUUGACUUAGAUUUCAAUAUGGGUCAACAAUAAGUCAUUACAUUAUGGAUUUUCUAAUAAAUUUUCUUGAAUGAA